GUAGUCCAAAACAAGGUCCCUCCGUGGACCACCCUCAUGGAGCACUUUCCCAACACGUGUCUAAAGUUUCUCGUUUGUGUUGUUGCAGAGCCCCGCUAAGCGCCAGUGCCACAGUAGCCUUUGUCCCAGUGGCGAUUGGUCCACAGUACUUCACAAUUACUGUAUAUAAACCUGAUGGACCCGUACGGUACUACAAUACUAUUCGGAACAUGAGCAAGUUGACCCCACAGCUGUCGCUUCUUAGUAAUUUAAGCGCUCUGUCGGCAUCAACCACAAGAGAGGAAGAGAACACUGCGUUUGUCACCGAGCAGUUUCUCCCCCGCAAGCAAGACGCCGUGUUUGGUGAUCCAUUUGUGUUCCAAACGUCAGCAACCAAUCAACAUAUCCGGGCGAGGCUGAUCUUGCUCUCACCAUUCCCAUCUGAUACUGCUCCGUUGGCCAAAUCGGUAGCAUAUCUUUCUAGUCGUUUUGGAUCCAUCAAGGCCGAAGUUUUUCGUACACAUGGCGCGGAGAACCACUUUUUUCGCCUCCAUAUCUUCGCAUGCUCAGCCGGUGUGAAAAUCACAUUACCCCCCACUUUCCGGGGCAUUGUCUCUAUCAACGACUACGAGGGCCUACGUCGUCGGAGGCAGAUUCGUUGUGGUCGUGCCUUCAACGAGCGAAUGCGCCGGGGAUUUAUCAGGCUUGGCUCCUGUGCGCUUGAAAAUGAUGAUGAAAUUUUCAUUCAUGCCGAGGGAAAGAUCGAGUUAAUGGUGAGAACGGAGUGUGAUGUCAAUGAUAGGGUUUGGACUCGGAUGGAUCGUGGCAUGCGAAAGAUUUUGGAACGGCGGGUGGGCUCUGGACUGAGCUUUGGGCGCUGCAGGUAGAUGUCGAAGAUGCUAUUGGUAGUACUUGCACUAGCGAAUGUUU